UGUUGGCUGCGAGUCAGGAAGUAAGCAAAAGUCGGUCGUGGGGGCGGUGGGCACUGGGCAGAGCUUCAUUUCUCCUCCAUCUCACUUUUCCUUUACUGGUAAUGAGCUUUCCCUUCGAGAUUCAGCCCCUAAUCACUACUUGCACUAUUUCCAUACCUACCAGAUGGUGAUACUCUAGCUGAGGGGCCACGAUGUCUCUACAGCAUCUCAAAGUCCGUUGCGUUGUUGAACUGUCUGAAACCGUGGGCAAGAAAGGGCCUUAAAAAUGAAUGCAUCGACCAAGAUGAGGGAUAAAAGGGUUGCAAGAGACCCAGGUCCGGUCAAACCCAGAUAGCCUCAUCGUACAGCAAGAUCUGAACUAUGCUCAGGAAAACCUUCUUGCUGGCCCUUUGGGCUAGUGGUGUUGUUACCGGAGCCCUGGCGGCCGAUUCAAAUGCCAACUCAGUCGAGUCUUAUGACUCUAUUGCGACAGUGGCAGAUAUUGUGGAAUACCCUGAUCCUCACAAGAAUUUCGCCAGGCAUGGCUUGGCCUAUGUCCUGCAGCGGAGGAAGCACAAGUCUAGCAGCAGCAGCGGUAGUACUAUAUGGGGGCACAGCGGUGGUAAAGACACUACUACAAAGGCAGAGCAGAAGAAGACGACUACCACCAAGAAAGAGGAGCUGACAAUCACGAAGUCGACGACGACCACCCAUGCGACCACCACUACAACUACGACUACAACAACCGAGGAGAAGCAUACGACCACCUCCAGCUCGAAGACAACUGCUUCCUCCACCACGACAUCCACCACGAGCACCACCACUAGCACAACCACUUCGCAUGCUUCUACCAUAACUUCGACUUCAUCUAUUACCACUAUUCCGUCCACCACUAGCAAGACCACAACUUCCAUAUCCAAUAAGUCUCCUGAGGCCGAGCGUUCAGCCACUGCAAUUAGUUCAGAGUCAACAUCGUCAUCCACUACGACCUCUAGAACGUCCACCCUUGCAGUCCAGCACUCGUCGUCGACUUCCACCAAAGAAACAAGUUCUAAGUCUGUUACAAAAUCCACCGAAGUGGAGCAUGGAUCUACGAGCAAGGUUGAUACGGCCACCAAGUCUGUCACAAGCACGACAGAGCUGAGCCAUGCUUCUUCGACCAGGGCCGAGAUAAACUCCAAGUCUGUCACAAGCACUGCAGAGCUACACCAUCCCUCUUCGACUAAGGUCGAGAUAACCUCCAAGUCCGUCACAAGCACUGCAGAGCUGAAUCAUGCCUCUUCGACCAGAGUCGAGACAGCCUCCAAGUCUAUUACAACCCCAGUGGAAGCGGGGCACACUCCUACAACCGGUAAAGAGACUGCGUCUAGAUCCGUGACACGCUCUAUCAAGGCAGGCCAUGCAUCUUCCACUGCGGCAGUGCACACGUCUGCUACCGGGCUUAUCAAUACCUCGCAUCAUGCUCAGCACUCGGUCACGGCAACCAGCACACAUGCUAUUCAUACACCCGGCGCAGAUCACUCGGUUAGUGCAAGUGUUCAUGUUGGUAGCAGCACUAUCGGAGAGCCCAGCGCUGCGCCGUCGACCGUGCCGGAUUCUGAAGAUGGUGAUGGUGAUGAUGACGGCUCUUCAGAUGACGGCUCUUCAGAUGACGGCUCUUCAGAUGACGGCUCUUCAGAUGACGGCGCUUCAGACGACGGGUCUUCAGAUGAUGGUUCAUCAGAUGAUGGAACCUCGGACGAUGGCUCCUCAGACGAUGGCUCCUCAGACGACGGCUCCUCGGAUGACGGCUCUUCUGACGAUGGUUCUUCAGACGAUGGAUCCUCAGAUGACGGCUCCUCAGAUGACGGCUCUUCUGACGGUGGAUCCUCAGACGAUGGUUCCUCAGAUGACGGCUCUUCGGACGACGACGGGUCCUCUGAUGACGGCUCCUCAGACGAUGGUUCUUCAGACGAUGGCUCCUCCUCCGAUGGGUCCCCAGACCCCACCAACAGCCAAAGCCCACCUACCCCCUCCUCCUCCACCCCCCUGAUAUACGGCAGCUCGACCUCGGCCGCAAUCCCCUCCUCGACACCCGCCGCCUCUAGCUCCCGCCCCGCCUGGGCCUAUCCAUCCUCGACCUUCAGCAUCAUGGCUUCCUCGACACCACAGAUCACGCCGGGCGCGACACCGGUUGUUUAAAGGCCUGAUCACACACCACACACCAAUACAGAUCCCAAGACUAUGGUAUAGUCUGUCCAUCACUCGUUCUGAAUUUUCUUAUUCUGCACUUGUAUAAACAUUUUUCGAUCACAUUAACCAUACUGUCCUUGACCAACUUACCUUUCUUUCCUGUGUCAUACUUCCUUUCGAUUCUUUCGUUCGUUUUUUCUGAUUUGAAUGUAUCUAUUUUAGUCGUUGAUAAGAGGGAUGGGUUGGUUAGCUGAGCUAAUUUGUGACCGAGGUUCGGCGUGUAUGCCUACCUAGUAGAUAG